AUGGCUACGGUGCUUAUUACACCAGACGUGACGAUGCUCUGCUCCAUAGUCUCCUCGUGGACGGACAGCAACGGCCCGCGGAAACAGUCGAGGCAACGCCUCCCUCCUCAAACCCACCUCCCCUUCCCUCCCUGUUACCCUCCCUUCUCUCGUGCCCACAUCAUGUCGUGCAGAGAGGCGCUGGCAGCCAAGGACGCCGCCACUGCAGUCCCUGAGCUGGGCCUAAUCGACACCAUGCUGAAGGAACUCGCGGAAUACCUGGGAAGGUCGCAUCCCUCUCACAAUGAGUUCAAAGAGCUGCAGGAGGUGUUCUGCCAGACGAACCUUCAACUGCAGGGAAUUCACGCAGUUCGUUGGCUGAGCCGAGGCGAUGCCAUCACGCGCUUGGUGCGUGUGCUCCCUGCCGUUAUCGUCCUUAUGUGGGAGUGGGACGACGACUUCUACCCCAUUGUGACUUCUGUGAAGUUCAAUGUGUAUCUCUAUUACCUCGCAGACAUGCUCAUCAUCCUCAACAACCUCAACCUGGAGUUUCAGAAGCGGGAGGUGAGUUGCCCCGGCCUUCCCUCCCCAACCUUCCCUCCCCGGCCUUCCCUCCCCAGCCUUCCCUCCCCGGCCUUCCCUUCCUGGCCUUCCCUCCCCGGCCUUCCCUCCCCGGCCUUCCCUCCCCGGCCUUCCCUCCCUGACCUUCCCUCCCCGGCCUUCCCUCCCCGGCCUUCCCUCCCCGGCCUUCCCUCCCCGGCCUUCCCUCCCCGGCCUUGUCUCUAA